AUGAAUACCUCCAUGAGCGACGACGAGUUCGACAAUCUCCUCACCGACGAUAAUCUUAACAAAAAGAAUGCGAAAAGUUACCUCCAAAAAUUACCCCAUGUCGCUUUUCCGAAAUGGCACCCGAAGUCCUGGAAAUCUCACGACAUAUUCCUCCUUCACCCAUCUUUUCAACUAGCAUGUCUAGUUGCCAAUGUAGUUGGUCUCUCCAUCAUAGCUUUCAGUUUCACCUUCCUCUUUCCGAAUUUGAAGAACCAAGGUCAACAUUGUGUCCUUGCAACCGACAAAUUAUUAGGGGAAGACAUUGGUUGGAAUACCAUACUCUGGGAAGACCAACCCGAUUUCGUUAAUUCCGAUCCUGAUGGGCUUGACCACUCGCAGCACUCAAAAUGGAGUGACAUAUAUCCCAGUUCCUGGAUUUGGGUGCCGCAGCCCUCAAAUCAUGGAUAUGGUGGUGGUGUGAAAUUAAUUGAUCAUGCUGUUCAUCCCGAAGAGUUCGAAGAUACCACCGAGGGCUUCUCAGUUAGCGUUAUGCAUCAGGUACACUGCGUGGCAGAACUUAAACGCGCCCUGAUCCAAUAUCGUAAGGAUGGCGUGACUCAAAUCGCAGACGAGCACUUGGAUCAUUGUACAGAAUACUUACGCCAGGCCGUGAUUUGCCACGCAGAUCUAACACUUGAACGACCGGAGAAUAUGACCUUUCCGCAAGGUUCUACUGGCUGGGGUGAUAUGCAUCGUUGUCGGGACUGGGAUGCUGUCUUGAAGACAAUUCAGGAUCACUCGAUUGGAUGGGUGGAUAACGAAAGAGAAAGAGGAUGGAAGAAAAGAAAUUUUGUAGACGGUGAGUUACAGCAUUAA